AUGGCGUUGUUCUCUCCCGCCUCACCUGGCUGGCGCGCCCACCACGCACCCAGCGACACGCGCCCCUGCGACCGGGCUGGAAGUGCGCCCCGCGCCAGGCGUGGCGUAAGGCGGCCAUGCCGCACAGCGCAGGUGGGCUUGGGCCUUUCUGCGUUGGCCGUGGCCCACCGGCGUGGCGCGCGUGGCCGCGUUCGCGUGCCCACGCGGCAGUGGAGCGUGGCACGGAGGGCGGAAGAGGUGGACUUGGAUCUGCCGGAGCUGGAGUUGGAGCCCGGGGUCUUGUCAGAGGCACCCGAGAUGACCUUCAUGAUUGAAGAGAUCCCUUCCAGAAGUAGCUCCUCGUUGAUCAUUCAUCACCGAUUGGGCUCGGAGUCCCAAGUGCCUGCGAUCUUGAAGCUGGUGGAAGAGUACCUCCCGAAGUUUGAUGUCUACAACUGCGCCACAGCGCUGCACAAGUGUGGGCUCCAAGCAAGGGACAAUGAGCUCGCAGCACGCCAGAUCCAAUCUGAUCCCAACUUCAUCCGCCUCUUUGCAGCAGCCAAGAAGAAGACCUUGAGGCGAGUGGCCGACUUGGAGGCGACCACCUUGGCGACCAUCCUUUGGUCUUGCGCCCGCCUGAACAUCGUCGACAGCGAGCUCACCUCAGCCAUCACGACGGAUGCGACCACCCGGAUGAACCACUACUCCACGAACUCCAUUGGGAUCUUGAUGUUCUCCUUGGGCUUCUCGGGCGUGCGUCCCCGGCCGAGCCUGCAAAAGGCCUUGUUGACGGAGCUCCAGGGCCGCCAGGACUUCGACACGGAGUCGCUUCUGCUCAUCGUCUAUGCCUGCAUGCGCCUGGGGAUCCGGGACCGGCGCAUUAUGGAGGUGGCGGGCCAGCAUAUCGUUCAAACCGGCUUGGAAGACUGCGAGCCAUUGACGGUGGCCUGCUUCUGCUAUGCCUAUGGCAAGCUGGAAUAUUUUGAGCGACAAGUGCUGGCCACCUUGGGUCAGAGGACCCUGAAGCUGGUGGAUGAUUUUUCUCCACGGAUGCUGAAUAUGGCCUUGCUGGGACUGGCGGCGGCCACUGGGCAGAUGGAGGAGCUGGAUCCCGUCUUAGAGAAGCUGAAAGUGGUCGUCGAGGACCGCAUGGCGGAGCUCUCCUAUCGGGAUGUGUCCACCUGCGCGUUUGCCUUCGGCAAGUACAGCUUGCUGUCCAGGGAGCGCGAGGAAGCGCUGGAGGCGCCUGGUAGCGUGAAUAGAGAGAAAUGGGCGAGGGGGAUUGUCACCGACCAGAAGGAUGAGGCGUUCGUGAAGGCACUCAAGGACGAGGUGCUGCGGCGGGACCACGAGUCCUUCACCAUGGCAGAGCUCAACUUAAUCGUGUAUGCCCUCAUGAGGAUGAAGCAUCGUGAUCAAGACUUCCUCGGAGUUUGUGCAAGACUCUUUGAGGAGAACAGUGCAGAGUUGAUGUUGGUGGAGAUUCUCAACAUCCUGUACGCCUUCGGAAGGGUCGACUACAUUCAGAUGGGUCUCGUUCAAAGAUUGAUCGAGGAGCUGGAACGGAGGAAUGAGUGGGAGACCUGGGAGCCGUUGCACUGGGCCACCUUGUCCUACUCCUUGGCCGUGAACCAGGUCCGGCAUGAGCGCCUCAUGGACCGGAUCGCCAUACACUUCUGCGAGCACAUCCGCGAGUUCGACGAACGGUCGAUCUCCAUGCUGGCCUGGGGCUUGGCGUUCCUCAACUGCCGCAACCACGGUGAAGCCGUGGCGUCGGUCUUGGCGGAAGAGCUUUCGAGGCGGUCACAUGAGUUUAGCUCCCUGAGUUUGACCGUGUCCUUUUGGGCCGUGGCCCUCCUCGGCGGCAAAUCGGCGGCGCUGCAGACCAUGAAUGUGAUGUUCAAGGAAGGCUUCUGGAGCCGGGAUUUUGGGGUCUCAGGCUACUCCCAGCUCUACAUGUGCAUGGCCUGCUGGCAGGCUGAGCUGGGCAUUCAAGUGGAUCAGCUGGUGGGCUAUGAGGUGUGCCGCAAAUGCUAUGAGGAAACAACAAUCCUCUAUAUGGGCGAGCAGCACCGGCGUUUGUCGGACCGUUUGCGAGUCCAGCAGAUCCCACACCAGGCCAACAGUAUGGCUCCCACCUUGGACAACUUCAACGAUGCAGGGGUCCGUGCUGACAUCAUCAUCGAGAAGCUGAAGCUGGUGAUUGAGGUGGAAGGUCCUCAGCGGAGCACCAUCCCGAUGGAGCUUUUGGCCGAGAAGCUCAAAGAAGAGGAACCGGAGGACGGCGCUGGCGAGAGCCGGCGCGAGAGCCGGCGCACCGUUCUGGCCGGCGAGCGGGCAGAGGUCCUGGUGCAAGCGCGAGAGUAUGUGGAGUGCGGCUUAAGUGGCUCGGCCGCGUGGAAGCGACGCCUGCUGCGGAGCUGCGGCUGGCGGGUCGUGACCGUGUCCUUCGAUGAGAGUGAGGAGUACAUCGCGGACGCCCUAAAGAAGAUGAUCAAAACGGAUUCCACCGAAGAGGCCCGCAGUGACGAGGAGGCCAGCCAGGGAUUUGGGGCUUCAUCCAUGGAGGACUUGGGGGAAGCUCCCACAGAGCUGGACCCGAUGUCCAUCGAGAAGCCACGGGAAGACGAGAUGUCAGACUAUGAGAUCCAGCUGAGGGAAGCACAUCAACAAGCCAUGCGGAAGCUCAAGCUGCGGCUGCUACAGGAGCGUGAGGAUUUGGCUUCUUCCAAGAACUACGGGAAGUACAUGCAGUAUCGAGAAUGGCAGGUCGAAGUUGAAAAGGAAAUCAUGCAGGAGUUGGUCGAGAGCUUGCAAGUUCCGGCGAGCACGUUGUGA